AUAUUUCAGUUAUGCGAUAAUGUCUUCAAACUUGCAACUGGUUGAAACGUUUGAUAGUCGUCAAUUCGUUGUUGCUCGUUGGAAUCGAAAUGAUACGACAGCUAUGGUUCCUUCUGCAAUUGCUGUCGUUGUCUUCGUGGAGUCGGUUGAGUAUAAACUUGGUUGUAAGGAGAAAAUAGGAUACUCUCCAACACCUGAAGAUCAAGAUCAGUUUAUGAUAUUGCAAAUGGAAUCAAUAGAUGAAGCCAACAGGAUUUGCCACGAUUCCAUCGCUAAAGGAUUUGCAAUCAACAAUACGAAAAUCGUGUUCACUCCCCUUCUAGGCUUGAACGGAUUCAGACUUCAAGAUGCCAUUGAUUUCAUGAAAACUUCGCAACCGCACUUCAAUAACGACGAGCUUUUGGAAGUGUUGACAAUGGCUAUCUGUCAAGAACUUCCUGAACGCUUAAAAAUUCUCGAAGAUGGAUUUUCCUUCAUUGAACAAGGGGUUUCUGAGCUCAUUCAAAAUUCUGCUUGUGAGAUGUUCGGCUCUUUUGCAUCACCGGUGCGGCGAAAUGGUUACUCAGACAUUGACAUUAACGUGGAAUCAGUCAGCGCUCCAGGUCAACGCGUUUCUACAAAUGUAAGACCAUUGAACGAAGUUGUGGCAAAUCCAAAGUGUCUCAUCACUCAUCCACUAACCAAAUCGGAGCUUGAGACAUACCCACAAGAGGAAAUUAUCAAAAUUCUCUACCGGUGCUUCAACGAGAACAGUGCAUUCAAAACUAAAUUCGAGAUGCGUUUCUUACCUGCACGCACUCCAAUCAUAGUCUUCAAAAAUAUCGAAGUGGAAGGAAUGAAUGUGUCAUACGAUCUAUCAGUUCACAAUCAAAUCAGUGUUGAGAAGGCGAGCUUGUUGCAUGAAUUCAUCGUAAAAGACAAGUCGAAGGGAAGUAGAAUGAAAAAUGCAAUGAUGUUCAUCGUACACUGGGCAAAAUCAAAUAAGUUGCUAUCGGGUGACUAUCCGGAAGAGAAGCUUGAAGUCAAGACAAAGCUGAACUCUUACAUCAUCAAUCAGCUCGUUAUUCAUUUUGUUCAAGCAGCAACCAACAAGGUUCAUGUGAAUCCUCAAGCAAAGCGAGAUUCUCGAGUCAAUGAAUACAACUUUGACACUCUGUUCGGCGAUUAUUGCAAGUUUUUCCGAGAGCUUUUCAAAUACUAUGCCAACUUUGAUUUUACGAACAAAGCGAUUUACGGGAAGAAAGCGAUGCAAAAAAAAACACUCUCAAGUGCGCACGGAGGCGUUGAAGAAUCUCCGUUGAUGUUGAUGGAUCCCAUGGAUAUUACUCAUAAUAUUUCGGCAAAAGUAACAGAAGACGCGGUCAAACUACUAAAUGGUCUUAUUCGGAACGCUCUUUUCAUUUUGAAACAAAAUCAUUUUCACAUCAACUAUCUUCUGGAAACCAACACGAUGGCUACUAUGCUUAUGAAGAGCAGAGAGCCAAAAAUCAGUAUAUCAACUAGAGUAACUGAUGGAGCCGAGCACCAGUACUUGUCAGUACAACUUCCAGCCGUGGUGAUAACCUCGAGUGAUCUUUUCCUCCUUCUUACUAGAGUUCUUCGCUUUAAUGUCUGUCCGAAUGAGCAAGGACCCAGUGUUGUUGAUUUAUGUACUCCAACGGGUGCCAUUUUCCUUGUAACUUCAAGAGCUUGGGUUGGACGUCGCAAUACGAAACGCGCUUUGAAAAACUCUCGUCACGAUUUGACGCCUCUCCAGAUUGAUGUUAUGUGCAGUGACAAGUACGAUUACGAAGAAGAUAUUGCGGAGUUGCGUAUCUCGAUGAGCACUGUUCCUGGCACCAGAAUUAGGUUGGCAUGCAUCGAUAUAAUGCGUGGUCAAGUUUCCGAAGUUCGCGACGCAAUCCACUUUUUGAUUGAUCAAUUCAUUAACAAUAACUACGAUGACCUCGAGAAGAAUGGCGUUCAAACCAUUUCCAGGAUUCCAAUUGCAGCCCCAACUUGGCCAUAAUCAUGUUCUCAAUGUAUAAGUGUUCUAUGAAUUCGAUUUGUAUGUAUGAUCCACCAUAUAUUUUAUUUCAUAUUUAUUCCGGUAUUUUUCUGACACGUCACCCAGUGACCAUUUUCCAUUGAAUCUCAACAAAUAAUUUUUCCGCUUUAUUAUAUUCAACACCCAACUUUCAUGAUCACUUCUCGGUCUGUGUUCUAUUUAUGUAUAUCGAAAUUUCUAAGUUUGAAAUACACUGGUCAUCUUG